AUGGCUCCCAAGAAGGAAGUGAAAGAGAAACAAGUGAAAGGGGAUGAGGCCGAGGAGAUGGUCCUGAAUUAUAUGAAAGAGACCAAUCGGCCUUAUGCUAAUGCCGACGUAUCUGCAAACCUAAAAAACAGAGUACCUAAAGCAGCUGCUGUCAAAGUGCUCGCUACACUCGCUGAGAAAGGUCAACUCACGGUCAAGCCGUAUGGUAAACAGCUCAUCUACUUGUACAAUCAGUCUCUCCUUGAUGUUCUCGCCCCUGAGGAGGUGGCAUCUCUUGACGAGGAGAUCAAAGAAACCAAGAGCGAAUUGGAAGAGAGAAGGAAGGAAUUGAAGAGCCUCCAAUCGGAACUCGUAUCCAAAGAAGCGUUACCCAAAACGAAAGAUCUCGCCAAAGAGAUCGAAAAGGUUAAAGCUGAUAACGAGAUCACGCUGAAAGCUCUCGCACCGUUCCGAUCAACUUCCGAUGGAGAGGCAGCUGUCAACCCUCUUUCAGCCGAGGAGACUAAGAAGAUUAAUAUGGAGUUUACCAAGUGGAGGAAGGAAUGGGUAGACAGAAGAAAGAUCUACAAGGAAUUACUCGGCAUGCUCACUGACGGAGGUCAAAUCGAUAACGUCCAAUCAUUCGAGGAAGAUCAAGGUAUCACACCUGACGACGACGAUGCGAAAGAAGUCGAACAAGGUGAAUUCGUCAAAGUUCCCCUUCCGAUCAGACCAACAAAUAACAAGAGACCUAUGAGCGUGGGCGCUCAAAAGGUAACGAAUGGUCCAACCAAAAGGAACAAUUCGGAUGUUCCGCCUCUCAGUCAAGAGGAUGUCAGUGGGGCCAAGAAGAAGAAAGCUAAGAAGGCGUAG